GUGGUGAAGGUCUUGGGGGCGGGGCCAGACGCCGGAGGUGCUGGGGGAGGAGGCUGCCUUGGGGGCCGGCUUGGAGUGGGAUUCGACCCGCGGCGCUGACCGAGUGCUGGACGGACGGCUGUCGGGCACCCGGGUCUGCGCGCACUGCUGCUCCGGGUCGCCCCGGCCGAGGCGCUGGCCACGGUAGACCUCAGGGAGGGCUCGGGCUGCCGGGCCGGGCGCCAUGUCCAUGGAGGACCCCUUCUUUGUAGUGAAAGGAGAAGUACAGAAAGCAGUCAAUACUGCCCAAGGAUUGUUUCAGAGAUGGACGGAGCUCCUUCAAGGCCCCUCUGCAGCAACGAGGGAAGAAAUCGACUGGACCACCAACGAGCUGAGGAACAACCUCCGCAGCAUAGAGUGGGAUCUGGAGGACCUCGAUGAAACUAUCAGCAUAGUUGAAGCAAAUCCUAGAAAAUUCAACCUGGAUGCAACUGAAUUGAGCAUAAGAAAAGCCUUCAUCACAAGCACUCGGCAAAUUGUCAGGGACAUGAAGGAUCAGAUGUCAGCGUCAUCUGUGCAGGCACUGGCUGAAAGGACAAACAGACAGGCACUCCUAGGAGACAGCAGCAGCCAGAGCUGGAAUGCUGGAGUGACAGAACGAUAUGGGCGCCAUGAUCGGGAGCUGCAGCUAGCCAACUCCCAUUUCAUCGAGGAACAGCAGGCACAGCAACAGUUGAUUGUGGAACAGCAGGAUGAGCAGUUGGAGCUGGUCUCUGGCAGCAUCGGGGUGCUGAAGAACAUGUCCCAGCGCAUCGGAGGGGAGCUGGAGGAACAGGCAGUCAUGCUGGAUGAUUUCUCUCACGAGUUGGAGAGCACUCAGUCUCGACUGGACAAUGUGAUGAAGAAACUUGCAAAAGUGUCUCACAUGACCAGUGAUCGGCGCCAGUGGUGUGCCAUAGCCAUCCUCUUCGCGGUCCUGGUGGUCGUGCUGAUCCUCUUCCUAGUUCUGUGAUGGUGGCCUGCCUCAGGCGCUUCUGCAGGAGGAGCCAGGGGAGAGGAGAAGCAAGCACUCCGCCACUCACAUUCCUCUCCCAGAAACACACCUCUGCCCGCUUCCUCUGUGACUCCAGCAUUGAGACUGCCCUCUCUCCCCGCGCUCAAAGGGCAAGCUUAGAAGAGGAAAGAGGUGACCACAUGCCCAGCUGGAUAGCAGAAGCCCCGGCUGCCCUUCUUCCCGAGGACAGCAAGCCAUUGCUUUGCCUUACUGGACCUCGCUCCUUGAGGAAGGAAGGACUCAGAGUCGUCAGAAGAACUUGCUCCUUGAGGAAGGAAGGACUCAGAGUCGUCAGAAGAACUAACAGCCCCACUUACUCUGUUGCUCAUUCUCUGGUAUCUGGCAGCCUUUCCUUCUGCUCAGACCCUUUCCCUGCUUAGAUGGGUGCCACUCUCCCUUCAGAAGAAGCCUGGCAAGAAUGAGGGCAUCUAAGGAUGUACGUUUCCCAUUGCUGUUAUGUUUCUUAGCCCCUGAGAGCUGGCUGUUGCUGAGGACAGAAGGCUCAGAAACACUUGGUGACAGAAAUGCAGUGUUUCAUUUUGCUGGGUAAGAGCUGAGAUUAAAUUGCUUUUCCAGGUGUUUUGUGGCAAGGAUAAGCAACAGGAAAUAGUGAAAUCCCUGGGGGAUGGGGGUGCAGAUGACAAAGGGCUUUAAUGGACUGGGCCAGUUAACAACAGCGGCACCUGCAUUGGUCUAGCCUAUUGAAGGACUGGUGAUAUCUCCUGAGGCCUGGCCAGAGCUGCCGACCUGGUCUGUCCCAGGGCUGUCUCCCCAGAGGUGCAGCUUGCAUAUGUAGAGCCCUCGUACAGUGUGGAACAGCAUAGCAGUGCUCAGCCAGGUGGGACUCGCCUUCUUUGAUGGCACUCAGAGCCCAGGUAGAAGGGUCAGCACGUCUGUUACAUUUAUGCAGAAACUGUCCAGACACAGGCUGGCUCUGCACCAGAGGUCCCUUACUGUGAGUAAUGGCACCGAUGGGUAAGAGAACUUGGUCCUCUGUUCUCUAAGAUGGCCACUUGACUCCAUCAUCCAUUGAGUCACUGAGGAAGUCCCAAUUCCCCGACAGAUGGUUUACUGGGUUGAAGUGGCUGAAACUGCUGACACUACACUUUAGGCUUUGGUGACUGUUCCCAUGCUUCAGGUGUGCAUAUAAGUGUGGAACUUCUUAUAAUGUCCCAAAUGCAUAACCUGGUAUUAAAGUAGCUGUCAGGCCAGAGCCAGCCUUUCACAUUGGCAGCUGCCUCUCAGUCAUGUGUGCUGGAAAGAGCAGCAUCUGGACGGUUUGACCUUUGCCUUUCUGUGUCUUCCUCAGCAUGCCGACUUAAAACAAUCCUGGGUUGCUUAUAGUCCCUGGGGUUUAAAAACAUAGUCCCUGGGGUUUAAAAACAAAGUCCCUGAGGUUUAAAAACAUAGUCCCUGGGGUUUAAAAACAUAGUCCCUGGGGUUUUUGACUUCUGGCCCCUUUUUGUUUUAUUAUUCCCAAUGAUGUGCUUGCCCGGCUAACUUUUAAAUUGCACUUUUAAAUAAAUAUUUGUAACAAUUUUUAAAAGAAGGAUAUUUUAUCUUGUUUAGGAUCAUGAUAGGUAAGGAAAUCUACCUGUUGGUAAAAGCUAAAAGAUUAGUAAAACCCAAAUGUGGUCAGCACCGCAUCUAUGUGCAACUCUGGUGUUUGAUACAGCGAUGUUAUUUGUUUUCAAAUGAGGAGAAAAUGUGAAUUUUACAAAGGGCUUUAAUGUAGGGUUCUGGGUUAUUUUUGUUUCAUGAAAUUUUAAAGUUUUGAAUAGUCUUCUGUGAACAUAGACCACAGAUAGUCCUCAGAUUUGCAUUAAAGUAUAGAAGCCUUUUGUUAAAAGUCAAUGUGGGCCUUGUCUGAGCACUGUAACCCACACUCCACAUUACAAAGCCGUGAGCAGUCUAGGAAUUAAAAUCACCCUACUUAAAGCCAUGUUCUCUGCUGGGAGAGGAGAGUCAGUCAGACCCAUUCAGAAAGCAGUCCUGUAGUAAGAGUCCCGCAUCAGGUCAGGGAUGAAGUCUUGUGACUCUGGCUUUAAUUUUGUUGAAUCUAUUUUGAGUUCGUAUGGUGACCUCACUGAGAAGGUAUUGGCUGAACACAGUGUUGUAGACCUGAAAACAGGCUGGAACUGAGUGCGUAAUGUCAGGGAGAAAGUAACUUCUCAUGCAGGUGUUCCCUUUUGGGCCAUGCAGUUCUGCAGCAGGAUAGUCCAGGCCAGCCUGGUGUGCCCUCCCUGGGCAGUCACUGCAGAGCCAGGGCAAAGAGAACAAGGAUAGACCUUUCUUCCAUAGUGACCCAGAGAGGUGAAGGUCCUUCCACCAUAUGUCCUAGAAUAGGGAAGGGACACAGGGAUGGCCCACGCUGCUUAGGAAUGUCUCUUACAGAUGUGCUCCCCUAAGCCCCACCCUGCCCCUGCACUUGGUUUCACACCCAGCACAUUAAGGACCUGGUGGAAUAUAUGCUGGCUGACAGGAAGAGCUCGGUGUGCUUACUGGAAGAACACUUUACCUAAUUCACUAGGGAGGAGACGGAGGACAGUCCACUGAGAGCUUCUGCCAGAGUAUGGAUCCCAAAAUACCUUCGGUUCUCAGCCCUCUGUUUUGAUCUUGUCUUUGUUUGGGCUGGGAAAUCACAAUGCUAUGCCUGCCCUGGACUGUGAGGCAAAUGGAAUUGUCGUGUAUGCCUGAGCACGCAUGUUGUGUUUUCCUCAAUUUCAGAAUUCAUGCUAAGGCUGAAACAGGGAACGUUGGCAACUUGCCCAUUAUUCUCUGCUUUUAGCCAGAGUUAAACAGACUGAUGGGUCUGGUAGCCAACAACUUGGCAAGUUCCAUGCCUUCUCACCUCGUGCGGGUAAGGGCUGUGAAGAGAAAUCCAGUCUGAUUCCAACAGAAAUCUGUCUCUGUUAAGUGUUUUACCUUCUGUAAGUAAAGGAGGUGGAGCCAAGGUUUUUCUUUUGGUAAUUUCUCUGCCCACAAAGUGAGACCAGAGGGGCAUUCAUAGCAUCUGCAGGUCCAGAGCGCAAGGGAAGGAUGAGCCGAGUUCACCUCUGUGAACUUGGUGCAGUUUGGCUUCACCUUGUGCCACAAAGUGAAUUUGUAACUGAAACAGAAAUGGACUAUCUGGAAAGCAAGCUAUAAAAUGUGGGCGCAGCAGCUGUCACUUCCUCUGCCUCCCUCUGACUGCAUGGCCUCCCUCCCAAAUGGGUAGGAACGAUGGCUUCUGUUUAUCUUUUAAAAGUGUACUUCGUCCAUCUAGAGAAGAGAAACCGUAAAAUUGGAGUUUGCAAAUCCCCUCACUGUGCACCCUAGUCAAUUCCUGAAGAGAAGACUCCCCAACAAGAGGCCUUAGUGGGCCCCUGGAGACUUCCUUCUGGGAGGAGCUUAGUAAGAUGGGAGGUGGUCUGUCUUAAAUGUCCAGUUGCCCUUACUUAACUCCCAACCUUCAAAAACAUCUUACCCUGAAAAUGGCCUUUCUCUUAAGAGUGUAGCAUGGGGAAGUGGGGAGCUGGGAAAACCUGCUGCCAAACCAUAUGACCUGAUUGUGAUCCCCAGAACCCACCCAGUGGAAGAAGAGACCCAAGGCCCACAAGUUGUCCUCUCCUCCACAUCCAUGCUGUAUUUCGGGUGCACGCUCAGGCACAUGCACCAAUAAAUACGUAUAUAAAUGUCCAUUGUUAAAAGAAAGGAUGGUGUUGGUCCAUGGUGUAUGAACGUGGGUCCUGUCACUGGUCCCUUACUAAUGCUCACUGAGCAGCUUUACUGGCUGGUUUCGAAUCCAGAAAAGCAUGAAUUUGGAGUGGAACAGCUCCUAUGACCUGAGCAGCAGGACUGUGACCCAGGGGAGGAGACGGGGCAGGUGCCAUCCCUUGCAGAAGGAAUAGACAUUGCAGGCAGGACUUAGCCAUCGGGAGCCCGCAUACUUUUCGGACAAGUCAAGGCACUUGAAGUUGGCCUUGGUAACAGAACUCAGAGUGCUGCUAGCUUGGACUCAACUCCUCAGCAUGGCGUGUUUUGCCUGCGGACGAACACUGAGGCUCUGAAUGGUGCCUGUUCAGGUGGCUGCUGACUGGCUGCACUUGGAAAUCCUCCAUAUGUUACAGCUUCUGCCAAGUCAGCUGUCAGGGCAGGGUGAGAAAGAAGUGUGUGUGUGUGUGUGUGUGUGUGUGUGUGUGUGUGUGUGUGUCUGUCUGUCUGUCUGUCCCCGUCUCUGCCAUCAGCUAACAUGUUGGUGCUAUUUUUCUUCUGAUGUGACCUUAAUCCAGAAAUACUCUUCCCCUGGCUGAGCACACUGGCUGCUCAGGCAGUGCCUGCCCCGCUGCUGGGGUUUCACAUGAACAUUUCAUGGACCUGGUUUGCCGACUGCAGCCAGAGCUGUAUGAGGAAGUGUAUUUUACAGUUUAUUUUCUUAUGGUUAUGAAUUUUCUACUGAAAGGCCACUUGGCCCUCAGGGGCCAUUAGGAAUAAGACCACCCAUCACCACUGUUUGCUGAGCAGAUAUCUGGGCCCUGCCCUGCCCCAUCUGAGCUUUCCUGAGCCCUGGGUGGGACUGAGAUCAAGCUUUUCAUUCCCUCUCAGCUGAAUGUAGAUUCAGCUGGGACCCAUUUGUGAACAGCGAGUAUGACCCUGAAGGUGAGCUCUGUCUUGAGAAGCAGGUGUCUUUAUUCCUGAGAAAUCAGUCUUUACUCCCGAGGCAGAGUGUCUGUGGCCUGGUUGUCAGAGGGCAGGGCAGCUAGCUACCCACUGAUGAAGCUUUGGAAUUGCUUUUUUGUUUCGUUCUGCUUUCUUCUGUUUUUGAACCCAGGACCCCAUACAUACCCCCAGCAUGCUAGCAGAUAUGAGAGCCAUCUAGGAAACGGCCAAAGGAACCAAGCUGCAGAUGAUGGCAGAUCUGAUGUUAGAAGUAGAAGUAGCCUCCCUGGCUCGUUUUAAUCAGAAAUUGGUAUAAUACAGAAAUGGAAUUUAUAAGUGGCAAAAUAGUGGGAAAUAAGCCCUUAUAUAUUUUUCCAAGGAUAAAUACCUUUACUUUUAAAUAAUUGGAUGUACAUAUUGGUGUGGGGUCAGAAUCAGAACUUUACCCUGGGUGGCUUCCAGGCAGCAUGUCCCUAUAGCAUGGUAAAAGUGAGCCAGAUCCCUGGGACUAGAGUUUUGUCACCUCUGCCACAGGUAGGUUUAUAUGGUGGCUCUCCCAGGGCAAGAAGCUUGUUAGAGAUGCAUUUUCUGUGGGAUCAUUAAGAGAGGAGGCUAGCACCCCUGGCCCUGGGUUCCAGUGCAUGCCCUGAGGACCACUGCUGCUGCAUCGUGCUCCAUCUGCAGGGGAACAUUUCUCAAAGAGUCGUCCCUGCUCUGAUGGCAAUCUAAAAUGUGAUGAUAUCACACACUUGAAAACUUCUAAGACAUACGUGUGUAAAAUAAACUCAACUAGCCAUCCGUAAAGGUGACUUUUUACACCUCACAGUCCACUUCUUAUUUCUGCUCCUGAAAUCAUGUUGCAGCCGUGUAACAGAAUUCUGUUCAGUAUUAAAGCAAGAUGAUGACCAGA